AUGCCCGACGACUCCUCCGAUAUCCUUGGCGGUCGUCUCCGUGUCUCGCAGCAUGGAUCUCCACGUCAGGUCCCUCCGUUUCUCUGGCUAGGCAUUGCACUCUUCUCUUUGUAUCUCGUUAUCCGGUACGGCAUUCCCCAGUAUCGCCAAUGGCGCGAUCAGGCCCAUCGCAAAGGCGUGCGCAGACGAUAUGGCAUCCCCGACUCUGACCACAGACCGUUCAACGUAGCUUAUGCAAGCGUAUAUCAGGGUCAACGAAGGGAACCGGAGACGGAGGAUCAGCUACGACCAAGGCGAAGCGAGCCUCUGCAGCAAGCGUUUCGACCAGCUUCCACAAUGGAUGGGAGUUACAUGCGACACCGCGCGCAUCAUUCAUCCGAUCACCGCAACAUCACUAUAGGUGUUGGUACGUCUGCAGCGGGUUCGUCGAUGCAACAGGGAACAUAUCCGUCUACUAGCUAUUCCGCACCCGCAGUUGACUAUGCCUCGGAUCUCCCUGCGCAGGCCCAAAAUGAUGCACACGAUGAUGUUCCCACGUCUGCUACAAUGAGUCAGUCGAGUAGCAAUGACGUUUUGGCUGCGUCCAUGAAGAUCAAUGGCAAACACGAUAGAGACGAGGAGCCUAUUCCUUUCUCAGACAAGAAAUCGAGAGUUUCCAAAGGCCGUCCAGUUGCUUCGAGUGAUGAUGAGAUAGAUGACAGUGAGAGGUCGGAUAUUGGUAUGGAAGUUGAUGAAGAGGCCCUUGAACCGCCGAAGAGAGGUUCCAAGCGAUCGGCCAACGUUGACGAUGAUGAGAGCAUCGAGGCUAUUCGAGCAAACGGUAGAGACAAGAGAGCGCGUAAGGUAUCUCGCGAGACGGCGUCAGAGUUGUCAGACCUGGAGAUGUACGACGAGGACAUGGAUGCUGACGAACUCGGUGAACUAGAGCCCAUAAGCAGGGGAAAGAAGCGGGACAGAGAUGAGGCUGGGUCUACUUUCGGCGGAGAUGGGUCCAUGACUGACGAUGAUAACGAUGAAGGGGACGGAAAGUCUCGACGCCACAGAAAGAGGCGUACUGUCUGGCGCAAAAACCUCGACACUGCUAGUCGUGGUCAGAAGCGCGGUCGCGAUGUCGAAGCAUUCGAUAGUGAUGAAGACUCCGACAGGCCCAAGCGUCGUGAUACACGCAAAAAGCGUGGAAAGAAAGGCCAUGCCCCUGAUAAUUUAACCGUUGACGCUCCAUUAUCUGUUGAUCCUUUGUGUAAAGGACGACGGAUUGGAGAAAAAUGGGAGGUAAAUGGUGUGCGUUUCAAAGUUGGCCCCAACGGGCAACGGCUUCGGCAAGAGCUGGUGAAGAAAUCUCGUUCAAGAUUCCCGAUGCCAAAGGACUCUCAGCAUCCAGACCGUCGCGCAAAUUUGGACAUUUAUGUAGAGGUUUGGUUAUCUGAAGAAGAGUAUAAUGCUGCCAAGGAACGGAAUGAGCUAGCAUGGCAAGAUUCGCCGUUGGAUUUGGUUGAGCCCUCUACGCCUGGCGAUAUCCCUGAUUCUCCAACAAGAGCUGGGAAGAACUUGUUAUGGAUGUCGACAAACACACUACAAGACAGCCCUGUGCCAUCCAAAGGACCUUUCAGGCAAUCUAUUGCGGCGAAUGUCAGUUUGCGCAUCAACCCAUUCCAGCAAUCUAUGGCAAGUCCUGCUCGUCGUGUCUCAUCUGUGUAUCAGGUUACCGUACCACCUACACCAGAUAGCCCGAAGUUGAAAAGCUCUAGGUCCUACUCAAAAUGGGAGAAGCAAGACUUAGAGGCUGCCGCGAUGUCUAAGAUCAGAGAAAAGGCGCAAAUGGAGGCUACCCAAGCUGCAGAAGCCAAGAAGGCUGUCACCCCUUCAGCUGCUGCACUCGCGUCGGUCCCUGCCCCUGGCCCCCUCCCUGCGUCGUCUUCCUUGACGUUCGGGAAGCCGGCAGAGCAACUCGGCGCGAAGAACGACCAGAAACCGGUUGCGUCUUCGUUGUUUUCAGCACCUCUCACUAUUGGAUCUUCUACAAGCUCUCCUCUGACAUCUAACAUACCUACUGCUGCUGCUGCUGCCGGUGCAGCUCAAACGUCCGUACCCUCCAUCUCCUUUAGCCUCCCGCCAGCGCCUAUCACGGGAGCAGCCAAGGACAAGCCUACUGGUCCUGCUACGUUCACGUUCGGUCCUUCAUCUUCGUCCACUCCUACAGCCACGCCACAGGGAUCAGCUGUAGGAGGACCAGCCCCUUCGGCGGGGCCAUUGUCCCAGACAUCAGCUUCGGGAAACAGUGUGACAUCAACGAAUUUCUCAGGUGGCUCCAUGACACCCUUCGGUGCUCCUAGUGUCGGAUCAUCUGCUGCAUCUACAACCAAGCCCACGUUAUCGUUUGCAGUGCCUUCCGGAAUCAAUACUUCCGAAUCUGUUGCCAAAGGUGCUGAGCAGGGUAAAGCAACACAAACUUUGUCAGGGCCUUCCUCAUUAAACAGGUUGGGCGGUACUUCGACUACUGCAACUCCUGGUUCAAUCUUCUCGUUCGGAAAGCCAGCGGCGUCAGACACCACCGGGCCAGCCAAUACAGUGCCUGCAGCACCCUCGAGUAGUGAUGCGAAUACUAGUUCCGCUCCUGGAGCGCUGAAGUUUAGUUUUGGUGUCUCGGGCAAGACCUCAUCUACUACAUCAGUUUCCGCUCCUGGUCCUGCUGCAACACCUGUACCCGCAACCCCUGCGGCCACUGGAGGAGACGCUACAAAGCCUACGUUUGCAUUCGGAGUGAGUAGUGCGCCUGCACCAUCGACUUCAACCCCAGCUUCCACACCCACCACCAAGCCAACUUUCAGCUUCGGUAACACUUCUCAGGCGAACACUUCGACUACCCUUGGCACCACUACCAAUCCUCUGACAGCGCCUAAAUCCGCAUUUAGUCUAGGGACUCCAGGUAGUUCGUCUUCCAGCACACUUUCCACAACGCCGAUGAGCUUGCCUGCGAGUGGGUCAAUUUUUGGUGGUGCAUCGUCGACGAAUAAUGCGGCGCCCAGUACUACUGGACCUUCGCAGUCGACUUUCAAAUUUGGUUUGACGGGAGGGUCCACAGCUACGCCAGUAUUCAGCUCGUCAACGACGCCAUCAGCAUCGGCUUCCACGAGUGCGCCGAAGCCGGCAAUAACUUUUGGGACGACUAGUUCGAUGGCCCCAUCAAACACGACGGCCUUGAGCUCAACCGCGGGCGAGACACAGAAACCUGCAUUAUCUUUCAACUUUGGGGGGACUGGCACGUCUGCAUUUGGUGCCCCGACAGCUGCCGCGUCGCCUUUUGGUAAUGUCAAGCAGAGUCCUUCUGCGUUUGGGUUCCCCAACCCGCCUUCAUCUUCCUCCGCUCCCAGUCCGUUCACCUUCGGAUCUUCGAAUGCGAAUCAAAAUUCAAAGCAAUAA